UUUCGCCAUGGCAGACGUGCCUAUGUCAGACAGACAUCGUGACGUCAUCCGUAAGAAGUACGUCCCCCUGUCACGUGACCUAAAACCCCAGUACGUGCUGCCGUACCUGUACCAGGAGAAGGUUCUAACAGAAGAGAUGAUGGAGGAUUUAGACGCCAUCCCUGACCAGAGGCGAGGCUACAAGGCCAGGAAACUGCUGGACGUCAUCAUGACCAGAGGAGACCGGGCUUUCGGCGUCUUCAAACAGGCGCUGGUGGAUGCAGGGUAUAGACACUUGGCUGAACUUCUAGAAGAGGUAUGUCCUCCAGCGUUGCCCAAACCAUCCGUCGAAAGUGGGCUGCACCAGUACGUAAGCCCGCCAGAGGUCGCUUCGGAGGAGGUUCCCGAAGGACCGCUGAAGUCCCUCCGCCUGAGCCUACAGCCGUACAGGGCCACUCUCUCCGGCAAGAAGAUCAUCGAAGGCUGCAGACUCAUGGAGCUGGGAGCUGAGCUCCUCAACAGCAGCGGUUAUACCGACAUGGACGGCUUAGCGAAGGUCGUGGAAGGGUUCAUGGCACAAGAGCGCCUCACUGCACACAGCUAUGAACGCUUUCUAUACAACUCCGACCACUUGGCCUUGGACAAGGCACGGGUAGCCGACCUGAUGGCCAACCAGCUACACCACAACCCCACCGACAGUACCUGCCUGUUCCUCCAGGCGGCGCUUCUACCGUUCAACGAGACACGCGUACGGGAGAUGAGAAAGGUGGUGGACGUGAUUGUAGAAAACGGAGAAGACCCGCUACACAAGUAUCUUCACCACGUCUACUGCGUGCUGGGAGACAGCGUGCUGAAUCUGUACCGCGAUAGCCCUUCUAGUGCCUUACCCGCUUUUACAAGCGCGCUGAUGUACAAGCAGGACUACCCGACGGCUGUGCAUCUAGCAGCCGAGUGUUCCAUGGUCCUUUCACCGGUAGAUGCAGUGGAACAGUUUCACCGCUACCUGCAGCUGGCUCCUCCGUGCGACAAGCGGUUCCACUGGGCGCACUACUUUCUCGCCAUCCUGUACAGCAGGCAAUCCGAGCAGGAGAAGGCGGAGGAACACUAUAACCUAGCCGUCCAGGCAGAGGAAAAACGUCUUCCAACGUCGGUGAUGGGGUGGGCGAAAGAGGUGGCACAGAAGGUGUUCGCUUAGAAAG